AUGCUGACAAGAAACGGUAUGCUCCUGGCGUGUCUCAUUCCUCCACUGGAAACUGACGACUCUUGUAGCAUUCAUUGGGCUCCGCUGAGCAUCGGUCUUGAGCGGCGUCUGCAGACAUUCGUCGUUCUGUGCCAUACUCUGACUAUCGCUAUUUUCUUGACUGGUUUCUUCUUCACGUGUGCCAUUCCCCUGUUUUGGCCUCUUCUCUUGCCAUACUUGGUCUAUAUCACUCUGUUCUCGUCGGUACCCACGUCCGGGGAGCUCAAGGGCCGAAGCCACCUCUUACGUUCGCUUCCCGUGUGGUCUGUCUAUGCAUCAUAUUUUCCUGCCCAUCUACAUCGUGAAGAGUCGCUUCCUCCAACCAAGAAGUAUAUAUUCGGCUAUCACCCCCAUGGUAUUAUUUCACAUGGCGCAUUCGCCGCAUUCGGGACUGAAGCCUUGGGUUUCUCAAAGCUCUUUCCGGGCAUCACGAAUACCCUCCUGACACUUGAUUCAAACUUUCGAAUUCCGUUCUAUCGAGAGUAUGCUCUUGCCAUGGGACUUGCGAGCGUGUCUCGGGAGUCAUGCGAGAAUAUUCUGACCAAGGGUGGCAUGAAUGGCGAAGGAAUGGGACGAGCUAUUACAAUCGUCAUUGGUGGGGCUCGCGAAUCUCUCAACGCCCAGCCGCACUCUCUGCGACUUGUACUGAAGCGGCGCAAAGGAUUCGUCAAACUUGCCAUUCGAACCGGUGCCGACCUGGUGCCUGUUCUAGCUUUCGGAGAAAAUGAUCUGUACGAACAAGUGCAGUCAGACGAGCACCCGAUCAUCCACAAGGUCCAAAUGCUAGUCAAGCAAACGAUGGGGUUCACCGUUCCUCUAUUCCACGCCCGUGGAGUAUUUAACUAUGAUGUUGGACUAAUGCCUUACCGGCGUCCCUUGAACAUCGUGGUAGGGCGGCCUAUCCCAGUGAUGCAACAGCAAAACCGUGACAAAAUCGACGACAGCUACAUCGACGAGCUUCAUUCUAAGUAUGUUCAGGAGCUGCAGCGACUAUGGGAUCAAUGGAAGGACGUUUAUGCCAAAGACAGGGCGGGUGACCUUGAAAUCAUUUCAUGA